AUGCCGGGUCGAGCUCUCGACCGCGCCCCCGGAGCGCCACAGUAUAUAACUCUAGUUAGGCCACAGCUGGAGUGCCGUAUGCAACCCUAUUACAGGAAGAAGUGUAGAAGCUUUGGAGAGGAUGCCGAAGAGGUUGGCCAGGAUUCUGCCUGGAGUUUGAGUGCGAUCACUUCUUACAAAGUGAAACCAAGUGACAUCCGUGACAGCAGGGCCUCACUUCCAGAUGAGCUCAAUGCCUUCUACGCUUGCUUUGACCGUCAAAAUAUUGGGAAACCAUCACAAAUUCACACAGCCCUCGAGGAUCCCGUGAUUUCCGACUCAGAGGCUGAAGUGCGAGUGUCCUUCAAAGAGGUUGAUCGUGACGCCAGUCUCCGGAUCUCCGGACAGUCGCGUUUUGGUUUGGAUAUUCGAGUCGGUUUGGGAGCAGAUUCAUUCGCAGUCAGGAAUGAAAGUUGCAGAUCUCAUGGUUCGUCCAGGGCUUCUGGCUGGGAGACUCCAAACGAUUCCAUGGGGACCACACUCAUCUACAGCUGCUUUCACAAGGGGGCCGUGCACAAUCCUGAUUUGAUGGAAACAGCUGUGAGAAGCACGGAGGAACACCUGGAGAAACUUCUGAAAUGCCUGCUUCACUGCCGCUGCUACUGUGCGAUCGAGAAUCUCCGGAGGGGAAGGCCCCAAAUCCUCGGCUUUGCCUAUUGCCUGUUGUCGGGGCCGGGGUCGAAGCGCUCGGCAGAGAUGGUGCUCGGUGCUCAGUGUCGGAGGGCUGGUCGGAGGCUUGGAGUUUUCGGACGGACUCGGAGUCGGACUGUGGUCGGAUGCUUCCAGGGUGCUGCAUCGGUAAGUUUACGGCGCUGGAGGUUCACCGUCUGCGUGAGAUGAUGGGACUUUCGAGAGACUUUGAGACUUUUUACUGUGCCCAUGGUAUGUUCUUAUCAAAUUAUGGUAUUGCUUUGCACUGUUGUAACUAUAUGUUAUAAUUAUGUGGUUUUUGUUAGUUUUUAAGUCGGUUUGUCUUGUGUUUCUGUGAUAUCAUUCUGGAGGAACAUUGUAUC